AUGAACAAAGUCAAUAUGAAAAGUAGACAAUAAGUAGAAGAUGAAUUUGAUCCUUUUUAAAGUGAUAAUAGCUAUCAAAGCGAUGAAGAUAAUCAACCUGUCAUUAUGAACUUUUUAGAGGACAUUAAAGGGCAUCUAGAAGGGGACAUUAGUUUUGAGACUAAUGAACAUGAUAUUUAUGAUCCUGCAUUCUCAUAAACCAUUAGUCAUAGAAUCAAAGAUCAUUAAGACACGGCGUUUUAGAAGUAAAAAUUUAAAUCUAAUGUUCAAUCUAUUAAAUCAUGCAAUUCCAUUAAUAUCAUUUGUUCAUUAGAAAUAUUUCAAUAACAACUAGAAUUUAAGCAUACUUAGAGUCUUCCAGAUCAAUAGAAUUUGUAAAAACUUUCCAAUUCUAAAUAAUAACAGCUAAAUUUUUUAUGGGGAAAAAUUAGAUAAAAUAAUAAGGAUAAAGAAAAAUGA